AUCGGAGGUAGCAAGCUUUGGUGGCUUGAGGCGUUUGAGACGAGCACUUUAGUGCAACUGAGUAAUUCGCUUCAGCGCUGCUGCACUGCUGCUGCUGUGCCAAAGAUGCCAAAGGCAAAGCUCAAGAGGCCCUCCAAGGCGAAAAGGAAGGCCAAAUGCAAGCCUGAAGCCACCAACACUGUGGCGAGCACAUGUGAAGUGGAGCGAAUGAGGAAGGUCAAAGAGCCAUUCCUGGACAUGUUCGUGAGCGCUUUGACCAAGGGUGAUCCUGAUCCUAGUGAGAUGGCCUGGCAUUUGACUUGGAGGUGCAUUGAUGCCUGGAGAAGUGAUGCACCAGCAGCUUGCUCGCUUAUGCUGUUCAGUGAGGCCUUGCCUGGCCAUGUCAACCUUUGUGAUGUGCUGGAGGCAAUCGACUACCAUCAUUACGUUCGUGGUGAGAUAGGCAGCGACCGUUGGGAAGAGAGGCGUGUUAACGCUCAUGAGCUGCUGGAGAAGCUCAAAAAUGUGGAGGUGUCUCCUCGCAGCUUCUCCGUGCUUCACAGAGCAGUCAGCGUUGCUUGUGCCUGGAAGGAUGGCCCUUCAGAAGAACUGAAAGCGCUCUCCUUGGCCACGGCAAAAGCAGUUUGCCAACGUGAUCCUGAGGGUGCCUGUCCAAUAUGCCUUCUUGGCUGGCAGCCAGAAGACAGUGUGCUGGUGCUGUCCUGCAACCAUGUCUUGCACGUGGACUGCUUCUGGAAGAUGAUAACGGCAGCCGGCUCUGAUGCCUUGCGAGGAGCUGUUUUGUGGUUUUCUCAGAAGAGGACAGAAUUCCUUGAUGCAGACAGGAUGCUGCAGAGUUUGUCGCACGCCAGUCUAUUGGGGCCCUGUUGCGCGCAGCAACCUUCGUUGCACGCUUGCCAGUGCACUGGCAGCAGCACUGGUCAGGCAACAACGUGCUGGAGGUGGGCUGACUCAAGCAGAUGUCACAGAGUAUUGCUCACGUGUGAGUCAGGAAAUAGGGGACACCUUUGAGCAAGUGUGGAUGGAAGUACCCCACCAGCUCUUGAAGGUUCAGCACAAAACGUCCCUACCAAGUCGCGAGAUGGCCAGUUUGCAGAGGCUAUUUGAAACAUUACCUCCGAAUCCAUUUUAUGCAAAUCUUGAUCAAAUAUUGGAAAUGGA